CCAUAAUCCACUGCCUGCGCCAUUUCAAGUUUCCGAUGCCUGCACCUGAAGCCGUAAAGCGCCAUCUUUCUUGGCCUAAGCAACCAAUCACACUACACUCUACUGCAUUGCGAAACGCCCCUAUUCCCGAACAAGUUAACUUUCCUGCCCAAUACUCCUGACUAGAGCUGACUAGACGGGCAAAACGGGGUUUGCGCGAUAUUUUUGCGGGCGUUCAUUCGGCUGGCCUUGGUGAUGCUGCGCCCUUUGGCUUGAUGACGAUGCAAGGUGACUGGAUGAUGAUGGUGGUAUAGGCACACCGCAUUUCACAAUGGAAGUGCAACUUGAGUUCUGGUUGAUUCUUUGUGUGCUGGCGUUGACUCUUGUACUUUUGUUUCGAAAAUCGCGCGGCGUGCUGUCGAACGCUGGUGGUGGUUGGAUGUCUCCAAGGUACCCCGCGACCGAGACAUAAAACCGACUCUUGAACCGCAAAGGUCGACGCCUCUUGUAGAUCUGGCUCAUUCAGAUCCCAGGUUCAGAAGUCUCGCGCGAACGGCUAUAUGCCGACCAAAAUGACAUCCUCUGGUAUAGGACGCGCAACUCCAGCACUCAUAGAGGAUGCAAGCAGGAUCAGCAGCGUCACCAGUUCACCAGGACUCAGCGAGUCCUUACACCCUCCUCCAUCCUGCUCUUGAUGUCUGAAGACCUCACCUUUGAAUGACCCCGAAUCGAAGACCAACGGGCAAGCCCCGCUCAGGGUACGGAGUACUCUCCGACCAACGAAACCAUGGUCUGCCCUGGAGACAACCCCGGACGAGCCGAGGUCCAAAUGCCGAGGGUGGCCUGGUGUUUUAAGCUGACCAUCGCCAUCAUAGCUCCAGAUCGCGAUCAAUAACAAUUAUCAAAGACAAAGUAAAUCAGUACGGAACAGCAUAACAAGAGCAAGAUGCAGGCAGUCGUCUUCAAGGGUCCGCUCAAGGUUGCGCUAGAGAAGCGUCCUAUUCCUGAGAUUGUCGACCCCACCGAUGUCAUCGUCAAGGUUCGGUAUACGGCGUUGUGCGGGAGUGAACUCCACGUCUUCCGCGGCCACCAACCGUCCGGCACCGAGUUCAUCAUGGGCCACGAAUUUACCGGCGAAGUCAGCAGCGUCGGCUCCUCCGUCACUAAAUUCAAACCCGGCGACCGCGUUGUUUCGCCGUUUACCGUCUCUUGCGGCUCCUGCUUCUACUGUAAGCACGGGACCUCUUCGCGAUGUGCCUCGUGCCAGCUUUAUGGUACAGUGAUCCUCGACGGCGCGCAGGCAGACUAUGUUCGCGUUCCACUGGCCGAUACGACGCUUGUCGCUGCACCGCCGGCGAUUGACGAGAAGAAGUUGGUGCUCAUGGCGGAUAUCCUACCUACUGGGUUCUUUGCUGCGAAAAAUGCGUUCAAAGGGGUGGAGGAGAGCGUUGUGAGGGAUAGCACGGUGAUUUUGUUUGGCUGUGGUCCGGUGGGAAUCUGUGCGCUUGUGUCCGCGCUGGAGUACAAGCCGAAGCAUCUCAUCGCGAUCGACAGUGUGCCCUCGCGCUUGGAAUUAGCAGGGAAGCUGGGCGCUGAGCCAUGGAAUUUCCAGACCGAUGCAGAGGGUCUGAAGAAGCGAGUGCUCGAGCUAACAGAGGGGAGAGGCGCAGAUGUGGCAAUCGAGGUCGUCGGCCAUAGUUCGGCGCUUCGCAUGGCAUUCGAGAUGCUCAGGCCGUGGGGCAAAAUCUCCAGUGUGGGCGUGCAUAAUGGGGAGAUUCCCUGGACCGGGAAUGAAGCGUAUGGUAAGAAUCUGCAGGUUCAGAUGGGACGGUGCCCCGUGCGUAGUAUUUUUGAGGAUGCGCUUGCGUUGUUGGAGAAGAAACAGGAUAUUCUUGACUUUAUGGUGACUGAUAUUCGUCCGCUGUCGGAGGCGCUGCAAGGAUAUGAUGAUUUCAACCAGAUGAAGUCGCAGAAAAUUAUAUUCGAGGGAGGAAAAUGAUCAGGGGCAGAUACCACCUCAGUAGGUAGCAAAAUUGAUACCUUUUCUUCGGCGGACAGCUCGUAUUGGCUGCGCAUUAAUAUCAGCAACUUAUUUAAGGUCGUUGGCGCCCGCACUGAGGACGGAUAACGGGUAACUAGCACGCGCUCUCACACCUCCUCAAGCAGGGCCGCUAAAGAUUGGUAAAUCAAACACCAUGCUAUCUCUUUUUGAUCUGCCAAACGAGAUAGUACUGACUAUCUUGGACUACAUCCCCUUGCAAACCCUGGGCAGGCUGACACUUACCUGUCGGACCCUCCAUGAUCGUCUUAACUCGCUCCUGUACUGGAAAGGCCAAGAGGGCGACACGACAGCCCUGGACUGGGCCGCGACAACAGGGAAUCAGAAGACAGUGCAG